AUGGGCUUGAGUGCUACCCAACCCGCCUUGCUGAGUUUAGUGUCUCCGGAGGGUCAACUUUACCGAGUGAUCUUCAAGAUUGGCGAUGACUUGCGGCAGGAUCAGGUGGUUCUGCAGAUGAUUCGUCUCAUGGAUGUUGUCUUGAAGAAAGAGAUGUUUGAUCUUCAGUUGACGCCCUACGUUGUCCUUGCCGCCAGUUGUCGUCACGGUUUUAUCCAAUUCGUGAAAGGUGUUAGAUUGUCCGACGUAAACAAGGAGGAGGGCUCUAUUUUGAAGUACCUUCAACAGCGAGCUCCCAGUUCUAAGGACUCUCUGGGUCUUCAACCGAAAGUUCUGGAGACCUACAUCCGGUCGUGCGCGGGCUACUGUGUGAUGACGUACCUUCUGGGUGUGGGCGACCGACACAUGGAUAACAUAAUGCUGACGUCCGAGGGUCAGCUUUUCCACAUCGACUUCAGUUUUAUCUUCGGAUACGACUCAAAGCUCAUGGCACCCGAGGUGCGGCUGACAAAGGAUAUGAUUGAAGCUAUGGGCGGUGCGAAGACCCCGACCUUCAAUAACUUUGUCAAUAUUUGUGUGACCGCCUUCCUCUCCUUGCGCAGGUCAGCCAUCAAAUAUUUCUAUCCAUUUUUCAAGUUGGUAAUAGCUUUAGUCGUUAAUAGCAGGUAA